GCCGCUGCCCCUGCGUCGCCCUUGGCGCCUUACCGCACUCCCUAUCCGGAGCUGGGACCAGCGCGGCCACCGGCGCCCCCCGUGCAAACUGGGGGUGUCUGCUGGAGCAGCCCCCGCCGCUGCUGCCCGCGGCUCUGGCCAUGGCCUGGCGGGGCACAGGGCCGAGCGUCCCGGGGGCGCCCGGAGGCGUCAGGCUCAGGCUGGGGCUUAUGCUGCAGUUGCUCCUGUUCCUGCGGCCGGCGCUGGGCUUUGGGGACGACGAGGAGCGGCGCUGCGACCCCAUCCGCAUCGCCAUGUGCCAGAACCUCGGCUACAACGUGACCAAGAUGCCCAACCUGGUGGGACACGAACUGCAGACGGACGCCGAGCUGCAGCUGACAACUUUCACGCCGCUCAUCCAGUACGGCUGCUCCAGCCAGCUGCAGUUCUUCCUUUGUUCGGUUUACGUGCCAAUGUGCACAGAGAAGAUCAAUAUCCCCAUUGGCCCGUGCGGUGGCAUGUGUCUUUCAGUCAAGAGGCGAUGUGAACCAGUCCUGAAAGAAUUUGGGUUUGCCUGGCCAGACAGCCUGAACUGCAGCAAGUUCCCACCCCAGAAUGACCACAACCACAUGUGCAUGGAAGGACCAGGUGAUGAAGAGGUACCAUUGCCUCACAAGACCCCCGUCCAGCCUGGGGAAGAGUGCCACUCAGUUGGAACCAAUUCUGAGCAGUACAUUUGGGUGAAGAGGAGCCUGAACUGUGUUCUGAAGUGUGGCUAUGAUGCUGGCCUGUAUAGCCGCUCAGCUAAGGAGUUCACGGAUAUUUGGAUGACAGUGUGGGCCAGCCUUUGUUUCAUCUCCACCACCUUCACUGUGCUUACCUUCCUCAUCGAUUCAUCCAGGUUUUCUUACCCUGAGCGCCCCAUCAUAUUUCUCAGCAUGUGCUAUAAUAUUUAUAGCAUUGCUUAUAUUGUUCGGCUGACUGUAGGCCGGGAGAGGAUAUCCUGUGAUUUUGAAGAGGCGGCAGAACCCGUUCUCAUCCAAGAAGGACUUAAGAACACAGGAUGUGCAAUAAUUUUCUUGCUGAUGUACUUUUUUGGAAUGGCCAGCUCCAUUUGGUGGGUUAUUCUAACACUCACUUGGUUUUUGGCAGCAGGACUCAAGUGGGGUCAUGAAGCCAUUGAAAUGCACAGUUCUUAUUUCCACAUUGCAGCCUGGGCUAUUCCUGCAGUGAAAACCAUUGUCAUCUUGAUUAUGAGACUAGUGGAUGCCGACGAACUGACUGGCCUGUGCUAUGUUGGGAACCAAAACCUCGAUGCCCUCACUGGCUUUGUGGUGGCCCCUCUCUUCACGUACUUGGUGAUUGGAACUCUCUUCAUUGCAGCAGGUUUGGUGGCCUUAUUCAAAAUUCGGUCGAAUCUUCAAAAAGAUGGGACGAAGACAGACAAGUUAGAAAGGCUCAUGGUCAAGAUCGGUGUCUUCUCAGUCCUGUACACAGUUCCAGCAACCUGUGUGAUUGCCUGCUACUUCUAUGAGAUCUCAAACUGGGCACUUUUUCGGUAUUCGGCAGAUGACUCUAAUAUGGCAGUUGAAAUGUUGAAAAUUUUUAUGUCUUUGCUCGUGGGCAUCACUUCAGGCAUGUGGAUUUGGUCUGCCAAGACUCUUCACACAUGGCAAAAAUGUUCUAACCGAUUGGUGAAUUCUGGGAAGGUAAAGCGAGAGAAGAGGGGGAAUGGUUGGGUGAAGCCAGGGAAAGGCAAUGAAACUGUGGUAUGAGACAGCUUUUACACUUUCCUUGUUUUGAAGGAAAUGAUGAGUGAAUCUCCGUUUGAGCAGACUAGAAAACGCUUCAGCACCCCCCCACCGUCAGCCCACUACCGCUCACACCACUCAGCAUCGUCAAAACCAAUGAUUUUGCUGCAGACUUUGGAACGAUCCAAAAUUGAAAAGCCAGUCAGAGGCUUUCAAAGCUGUGAGAAAUCAAAAGGUUGAUCACUUUAGCAGGUCACAGCUUGGAGUGUGGAGGUCCUGCUUAGAUUCCCAACGUCCAGGGUGAUGCUGUUUGUCCCCCCUACUGGGUGGGAUUUCAGCUGUGAGUUGAUAACUUGCAGGGGAAAAGAUUAAUUUUUAAAACUCUUUUAAAUUUUAAAUAGUAACUAGGUCUUUCAGAUAGCAAAGUGAUCUAUAAACACUGGAAAUGCUGGGUUGGGAGACGUGUUGCAGAGUUUUAUAGUUUGGCUGGUCUAACAUAAACAUCUUCUGGCCUGCACUGUCUGCUGUUUAGAACUCUGGAGCACACUCCCAAGAGGUGGUGUCAAAAUCCUUCAGUGCCUUUGUUGUAAAACAGAAUUGUUUGAACAAACAAAAGUACUGUACUAACACACAUAAGGUAUCUAAAUAGAUUUCUCUUUCUCCUUAAAUUUCAGCAUCCUUGUUCUAGGUGCCCCUGUUUUCUUCACUUUAUACUAAUGACUCAAAAAAAAGAAUUAUUUUUAUAGGUUUUUUUUUCUUUUUUCUUUUUUCUUUUUUUUUUUUUUUUUUUUUUUUUUUUUUUUUUUUUUUUUUUUUUUUGCACUGCAGCAUGCCUAAUGAGGGGAAAGGGAAAGGUAAUUCACUUUCUGACAAUCACUUAAUUCAGAAGAAAAUGAGAUUUACUAAGUUGACUUACCUUACCGACCCCAGAGACCUGUUGCAUUAAGCAAUGUUAAGCAAUUGGGACUUAAAAUAUUUUAGUUUGUGUGAUUGCAUCUAGGCAGACGCCAGUCUGGACGAACUGAAAUGUUAAAUUUCUUGGCAACUUUGCAUUCACACAGAUUAGCUGUGUAAUUUGUGUGUGUCAAUUACAAUUAAAAGCACAUUCUUGGACCAUGA